AUGGUCAGCUCCUGUUGUGGCUCUGUCUGCUCUGAGGAGGGCUGUGGCCAAGGCUGCUGCCAGCCCAGCUGCUGCCAGACCACCUGCUGCAGGCCCACCUGCUGUAUGUCCAGCUGCUGCAGACCCAGCUGCUGUCAGUCUGUGUGCUGCCAGCCCACCUGUUGCCGCCCCAGCUGCUGCAUUUCUAGCUGCUGCAGGCCUUCCUGCUGCCGCCCCAGCUGCUGUCGCCCUAGCUGCUGUGUGUCCAGCUGCUGCAGGCCCUCUUGCUGCACUUCCAGCUGCUGCCGCCCAUGCUGUAGCAGUUCCAGCUGUUGUGGAUCCAGCUGCUGCCGCCCCAGCUGCUGCAUUUCCAGCUGCUGCAGGCCUUCCUGCUGCCGUCCCAGCUGCUGCAUUUCUAGCUGCUGCAGGCCUUCCUGCUGCCAAACCACCUGCUGCCGCCCCACCUGCUGUGUAUCCAGCUGCUGCAGACCUCAGUGCUGCAUCUCCAGCUGCUGCCGCCCCACCUGUUGCCAGACCUCCUGCUGUCGCCCAACAUGCUCUAGCUGUUCUUGCUGCUGA